AUGGAAAUGCGCCACGGUCAUGAUUUUCUUGAGAAUGAAGCAGAUGUUGCAGCCUAUCGGCCGGCGAUAUGCCAGACGCUUCCGAUCAACGUACGGCAACUGGUUAUCAAUAAGCAGAACAGACGCUUACUCCCGGUACGUGACCAAUUGAUAGAGAGAAUGGAGGAUGCAUUGGUACGCUGGCGUCCACCAAUGUCGUGCCACGUAGGCUCAACAGCAGCCUUGCGAGGGAAACACCCCUACCAGAUGGAAGCUUCUCCAAAGGCCUCAUCAGCACCACGUCCGCUAAGAAGCUCGGUUAAGCAGUAUUUUGACACACUUUCAAGUGCAAUUCAUUGGUCGCAACCCAGUGCUAUACUCUCCAGCAGCAGCAGCAGCAUGGUCGAUGAAAUCCGCCAAAGCGUAGAAAACGCUGGUAGAAGUAACACUACGCCAUGUGCUACAGCAGUACUCGACACAGUAUGGUCACCAUCCUCCCCGCCCUCUGCUCGAGCACUUGAUUACAACUUUCCAGUCCCACCCUACUAUUUGCAAGAAGUGCAACGUGAUUAUCGCAUUGCAGCAACUGUCGGCCCCCGCGCGCCUGCUACAAGCAGUUGCGACCCCAAUUCAAGCAUAAGUUUGUGGGAGGAAUGUCUACAGAUGAUGCAAGAGACUUGGAGCGAUGUGGUCGCUGCUUGCAGUUGCACUGAGCAACGGGAAUACUGA